AUACGACCAAUGUCACGUGACACGUAGGUCUAUCCGCUUGCUACCAGGAUAAGGGACACAUGCAAUGGCCCUGGAGAGUUGAUUCGUGAACUUAACUGUGGUGGACUCUUCUGUUGUUUGAACUUUGCUAGAAACCCACACUUAACAACAUGGCCUCGAACACCUCACAAAACGGGGACGACACGGGAGACGAGGGACCGAGUGGCACCACCACACCAUAUGAAGAAACAAAGAUACACAACGUUGAUGUGACGGGUGUGGCAGAAGGGAGUGUCCGACAUGCAGAGACGGUUGGUGUGGUGUAUGGCGAUCUUCAUGUGAAUGAGAGACGCACUAUCACUGCCACACAUGUGGACAUUACAGAGACGUGCAGUGUCACAGUACAGGGGAACAAGGUGCAAAGCCGUGAAGACCAACACCGACAACAACAUGAAAGACAAGUUAUUACAAAAGAUGCUGAUGUAUUCGUUAAGACAACUGGAUACCACCAAGCCAAAGAAUGCCUGGACAACAAGCAUGUGGUGGCCAUCACUGGCUUCCCUGGUACAGGCAAAACAGCCUCGGCCUACCAGCUACUACGGGAUUUGAAAGAUCAGUAUGACAUUUUCAUAGUUCAGAAGCCGAAAGAGGUGAAUUUAAGAGAACAGCCUACAAGAGCGAGAAUAUAUUUAGUGAAUGACAUAUUUGGAGAGUCAGUGUUUUCAGUUCUGGCUUUGGAGAGAUGGAAGAACCUACUCGCGUCGUUCUUCAAGAGUGGAGACAGAAAACUGUCAGAUAAAGUCAAACUUAUUGUUACUUCUAGAACUAGUAUCUUCAAUGAGGCUUUAACAUAUGUAGAUUUUCAGUCUUUUUCAGCUGACACAACGGUCGAUUUGUCUAGCCAAACACCGCUUUCAAAAGAAGAAAAACGUGAAAUGGUUCACAAUCAUAUGUCUCGUAGUCAAAUCGAACUUCCUGACUCGACUGUUGACAGCAUAUGUGACAUGUCUAUACCCUAUGGCUUCCCCCACACAUGCUUCUUGUUCUUCAAACUGAAACAGUUCCAUCAUGAACCCAUGAGCUUUUUCAGGGACCCACUUCCUUGUCUGAAUAACUCACUGUCAGACUUGUGUCUCUCUGAGCCAAAGCUAUAUGCUUGCUUACUUCUUCUUCUCCUCAGUGACGAUGAGGUUCACGUUGAACGUCUGUCCGACCAGGCUGACACUUUGGAAAGAGUGUUUCAAAAGGUUCAAGAUGUGUCUAUAGGUGACAUUGAAAAGUGCUUCAGGGGCAGUUCCCCUCUCGAUGGUCCUUUUAUUAGAAAGGAUGUUGAUGUUGUCACAUUCAGUCACCCCUCUAUAAAAAAUGCAGUUUCCUACCUAGUAGGAACCACAGACCCACAGUUCAUCAUUGACAAUUGCUCAUUUCAGUUUGUUUUUGACAGAGUAAGAAUCCAUGACCAGAAAGCAAAGGAGAGGAAGCGUGGAACUUUUGAGGACAGAAAUAUGUUUGAACUCUACCUUUCAAAAGAGUGGCAUGAGUUUCUGGCUUGUCGUUUUGUUCAAGGGAUUUUGAACACAGAAUAUCCAUUAAUAUGUGCCCAUCAGGCUCUAGCCCAGCGGAUAUUUGUCAAAAAGCUUUUAGAAAAAAGUGACUUGAUGGAUUGUUUCAAAUGUGGAAGUCCUGACCAGCACUUUUCAAAGUCCAUUCUUCACUGGUCUGUUUGGAACAAAUCCGAUUACCUCUGUAAGACCCUUCUGAAAUCAUUUUCCUUCAGUAAUAGAUGUCUCCUUGAUGCCACCUCAGCAUCUGUCCAUUCUGGAAAUUUCAAGGCAUUCAAGCAUUUGCUACAGUUAAUACCUCGACCACACUUACUCAAACACUUCGCAGAUCAAUGGCAAGUCCAAAUACAGACAGAUAACUUAGAUAAAUUUAGUGAGACGCCCUUCACUAAUGAAUACCAUGGUGAUACAAUGAUCACGCUGGCGUGCAGGCUUGGUAGGAAGUACAUGGUGAAGGUUCUCCUUGAACAUGGCUUCUCUAUACAUGACAGAGAUGCUUAUGGCAACUCUCCAUUGCACAAAGGAUGCUCCGGCAACAAUGUCCAUCUUGUAGUGAGUCUCUUAGAACUUGGAGCCAAGCCAGACCACACCAACAUGCAUAGUCAGACUCCAUUACAUGUGGCUUCACAGCAUGGACGAUCUGUGUUUGUGAAUUUGUUGUUGAAGUAUUUGUCCAAGCAUGCCAACAUUGCAAAAACAGGCAAACAAGCCUAUGUGAACUUAGCUGAUGACGAAGAACACACUUCUUUAAUGACAGCUUGUAAACAUGGACAUGUUGCAACGGUUCAGGCGUUGUUAGCUGUCGAAGCCGACAUCAGUGCAACUGGCAAACACGGUGACUCCGCACUGAUGAUUUCUUGCAAACGGGGCCCUGUCAGAAUCAUUGAACUUCUCAUUGAAAAGGGAGCGGAUGUCAAUGCAACAAAUGCUAUAGGAACUACUGCAUUAAUGGUGGCAUGUGACUAUGACAACGUAGAGGCAGCAGAGGUUUUGUUGAAUAUUGGGGCUGAUGUCAAUGUGCGAAAUAUCCAUGGUAACACUGCACUAUUGUUGGCAUUAAGCAAAAGCAGUCAGCUACUCUGUGAACGUUUGAUAAGACAUGGCGCUGAUGUACACGUCAAAGAUUUCUUUAAAACGAGUUUCUUGAUGCUGGCAUGUUCAAAGGGAUAUGGGAACGUGGUUCAGCUAGCCAUAGAACGAAAUGCUGUGAUAAAUAUUGAUACCAAUGGUCUCUUUCAUCCGCUGUACAUUUCUGUACAAAAAUGUCGUGACGAAAUAGUGAAAAUUCUUCUAUCAAACGGUGCUGACGCCAAUGUGAGGGACAGCGAAGGGGUCACUCCCUUGCUGCUGGCUUGUGAGAAAGGUGAUGGAAAUAUUGUCAAACUCCUGAUUGAUCACAAUGCAUGUGUUGAUAUAUGUGAUCCAAAUGGUGUUUCACCUUUGAUGUAUGAAUGCAUGAACGCUCAUGAUGAAAUAGUCCAAUGUCUGUUGUCUCUUGGAGCCAAAGUCAAUUCUUCAAAUGAUGAGGGAAACACGCCACUCAUGCUGGCAUCAGAAAGAGGCAGUUCUGGUAUUGUAGAAAUGUUGCUCUCUCAUGGAGCAGAGGUUAAUGCCACAAACACAAAAGGAAAUUCUGCAUUGAUGUUAGCAUGCAGUCAAAACAGGCACAACGUGGUUGAGAUUCUCCUAUCCAAAGGAGCUGAUGUUGAACUGCAGAAUGGAGAUUUAGACAGCCCACUUACACUGGCAUCUGGAAAGGGUUAUUUAGAAAUUGUGGAAAUUCUUUCAAGACAUGGAACUGUGCUCAACAGCAACAAGCCACUGAUCGCAGCCUGUCUAGAAGGUCAUGAACAAAUUGUUGCGUUCUUAUGCAGUCACCAAGCUGAUGUCAAUAUGGGUGAUCAGGAGAAUUUCACAAGCUUGAUGGCUUCUUGUGAAUCGGGUAGUGUCAAAUGUGUCGAAACGUUACUACAGUAUGGUGCUAACAUAAAUGCUCAAGCUGAUUCAGGUGAUUCACCCUUGCAUGUGGCAAGCAUGCAUGGAAGUGCUGGGGUCGUCAAUGUGUUACUGAAAGACCGCACAAUUCAGUAUCUACACAACACUGAAGGCCAAACGCCAUUGAUGUUAGCAUAUCUUAAGGACCAUCCAAAUUCUGCUGAAUCAUUAAUAGUUUGGCUCAAGGCCCAAAACCAGUUGACAGACUGUGAAUUUCAGACGAUUUUCAAUUGGACUUGCACAAAAGGCUAUGACAAACUACUGAGAGUUAUUUUGUCAGACAAUGUUAAUUUGGACAAUUUUAUAAUUGGAAAGAACAGUCUUGGCAUUGGACCAUUCAGUCUGGACAGCCUUGAUAUUGGAGGGUACAAUCUUGACAAUCUUGAACAUGGAAGGGACAGUCUAGACGAUCUUGACAUUGCAUUGUACAUUCUUGACCAUCCCGAAAUUGUACAGAACAGUCUUGAACAUUCGGAAAGUGAAAUGUACAGUCCCUUGGAGUGGGCUAUCAAACAUGGUCAUGUAAGAGUGGCCAAAGUGUGUCUGGAACAUGGUGUUUCUGCAUGCCCUACAUCAGAUCAUGAGGACCCACUUCUGAUUGCAUGUAAACGUUUGGAUGAAACACUGGCUGACCUGCUUCUCUAUCACAAUGCCAACGUGAAUGUUCAAGACGGGGAUGGUAAUACACCACUGAUGCUGGCAUGCAAAAAUGGUACCAAACAUAUGGUUGUAAUGCUAUUGGAAUAUGAUGCUGAAGUAAACACACGUAAUGUGGAGGGCAACACCCCAUUACUGUUAGCCUGUCACAGGGAUGAUGACUGCAGCACUGGAAUUUCAGAAAUAUUAUUAGACUUGGGUGCACAGGUCAAUGUUACAGACAACUCAGCCAACACUCCUUUGUUGGUGGCGUGUAGAAAAAGAGAAAAUGAUAUUGAUCACAAUCUGUUGAAACAACCUGUGUAUGACAAGAACACAGAGCGCAAGCAGGGUAGUGCUCACCUGAUAUCCAUCCUGUUGAGACAGGAUCAUGUUAACGUUGAUGUGAAUGCUGUCAACAGGGAUGGUGACAGUGCACUGCUUGCUGCGUGUCGAGGAGGAAAUGUUCGAAUAGUAAACCUUCUUUUGAAGCAUGGAGCCAAAGUGGAUGCAUGUGACAUCAACAAAAACACUCCAUUGCACUUGGCGUGUGAGCGAGGCUUUGCAAAUGUUGUGAAGAUGCUUAUGUCUCAUAAUGCUGAUCCAAACGUCCUUAAUGCUAAAGAAGAGACACCCUUGCUACUGGCAAGUAGAACUGGAUAUGUUAGAAUAGCCCAGGACUUACUGGAAAACGGUGCUCAGACAAAUGUGGCAGAUGCGGACAAUUAUACCCCAUUGUUAUUUGCAUGUCAAACUGGGGACAGUGCACUGGUUGAAAUUCUGCUGAAAUUUAAGGCUGAUAUAGAAGUGGUUGAUGCUUGUGGCAAAACGCCAUUGAAUUUAGCAUGUGGCGAGGGACAUUUUCAAAUAGUGAAGAAACUGUUGAAAUACUCUCCAAAAGUAAAUGUGACUGAUGAUUUUGGAAACACUCCUUUGUUGUAUGCAUGCAUGAAAGAAGGUACAGGAAUAGCUGCAUUGUUAUUGUCCCAGGGAGCAGAUGCCAGGAUGGCGGAUGGAUCUGGAGUCACCCCCUUGCUCUUGGCGUGUGAUUACUCCGAUGGUCAAACCAUUAGACUGCUUCUAGAACACAACGCCCAAGUCGAUGUUGGUCGAAGAACACCAUUGAUAGCAGCUUGUGAAAGGGAAGAUCUCGAAAUCCUUCAACUGCUGAUAGAUCAUGGUGCAAAUUUACAAAGAGCUGAUGACAAUGGUAACACAGCUCUGAUGAUAGCUUGUGAAAAGGACAUGGGUAUUGACGUGUUUGACAUAUUGCUGAGACAUGGAGCCCAUGUGAAUUCAGCUGAUGAGCACAACGAGACGCCCUUACACAUAGCAUGCAGUGGUGGAGAUCCUCAGAAAAUCAGCCGGCUGCUUGAAAAAGGUGCAAUUGUCAACGCAAUUGAUGAUUUCAGUAAUACACCCUUGAUCUUAGCUUGUCAGAAAUCGGAUGACCAAGCUGUUGGACUGCUAAUUGAUCACAUGGCUGGUGUCAAUGUUCAGGACAGCAAGGGAAGAACUCCUUUGAUGCUUGCAUGUGCUCGAGGAAAUAUACACAUCGUUGACUUGCUGUUGAAACAAGGGUCUGACCCAAAUACUGCAGACGAAGGAGGAAUCACCCCUCUGAUUGAGUCAUGUUCAAAAGCGAACUGUCAGAUUGUACAAAGUUUGCUGUCGCACAAUGCUGAUGUUAAUCUCAGUCUAGGAAAUACUGACAUUACUCCCCUGAAAGUGGCACUGGCACACUCUCAUGACUCAAUUGUUGAGAUCCUGUCACAGCACGGUACUGUAUGUUAACAACGAUGAUACACAUUGGGUGAUGACAAGUGGAAAUGGUCAUAGAACAGAACACAUCCCACAAUUUUGGCGGCACUGGUCACAAACACAUGCAAAGGCAAAUCAAGUGUUCACUUGAACAACAUCAGAAAAUAUAUUACAAAAUAAAAUACGGAAUUGCAUCGGAUAGUACUUGGAUAUGUCCUCCAAAUGUCUAACAUUAAACGUUUUGAAAGCUUUACUAAGGCCUUGAAUAACCAUGAUCAAAUAACUUUUGAGUUGACGUUCUUUGAAAUCUUCGUAGAAAGAGCAUGCUUCAUUGUUCCUCAAACGUUAUGAAAUGAAGACAUCUGGUCUGGCCGCUGCAUCGAUGUUUUCAGGAUGCAAUUGCCCUUGUAUAAGGAUAUUUUACCACCGACUAAAGGAUAUAUGCCCGCAACAGUGGUGCGCGACAGUAUAUUGUAAGCAGAAUACGCUAUGAUAUCUACAAUAUAUGUAACAUAAGCUUUGACGCAGAAACAAACUCGAUGAACUCAUCAGAUAGUAUAUCAGCAAGGGACUUUGAGUUGGAAAUGCUGACUUAUGAAUUGAUACUUGGACGUAAAAUAAACGUGUUUACUUCACUGCAAGGGAUGGCCCAGUCGCUAAGGCGCAAUUCGUUCGCUGUGCAGAGUUGCGUCCCUUGGGCACGCCAGAAACCUAUGAUUGUGGGUUCGAAUCCCGGUUCGCCCCGAUGAUGUUUCUAGG